UAAAAGGGUUUCGGGUUCUCAGCUUUCAUUGGCACUGCUGCGCAGAUAUACAAAAAAGAACCCUAAAAAUGGCGCCUCAGUUUCUUAAGCUUCCCAUCAUCUCUUGCUAUUGUAGACAUUGCAAUAUUAUCAAUCACAGCUUCUCGCUAUUAUCCAAAUCCUACCCUUCUAAUCUUACCGUUAGAUGGGUCAAACUGGAAACGCCUUGUUCUUUCAGGAGUUUUGGUGUUGCUAAGGCAGGAAAGAUUCAAAUACCUAAAAAAAAAAGAAGACUGGAUGAAAUAUGUCUUGAAAGGUUCCAGCAAUACAGCCGAACAUUCAUACAGUCAUGGAUUUUACAAGGCAAAGUAUUUGUGGAUGGAAAGAUGGUGAACAAAGCAGGCACACCUGUCUCCGACAAAGCUGUUGUAGAGAUAAUGGCUGAAAUUCCAAAAUAUGUAUGUAGAGCAGGAUAUAAGUUAGAAGCUGCCAUCGAACAAUUGGGUAUUGAUGUAGCUGGCAAAGUAGCUCUUGAUUCAGGGCUGUCAACUGGAGGAUUUACUGACUGCCUGCUUCAGCACGGUGCGUCGUUUGUUUAUGGAGUCGAUGUAGGUUAUGGACAGGUGGCAGACAAAAUUCGCCGAGAUGAUCGUGUUUUCGUGGUAGAAAGAACUAACCUAAGAUACCUAUCUGAACUCCCCCAAAAAGUUGAUUUGGUGACUCUAGACCUUUCAUUCAUCUCUAUUCUCACGGUCAUGCCUGCUGUAGUCAAUGUUAUGAAGGAAGAUGCAGCAUUAGUCACCCUGGUUAAACCCCAGUUUGAAGCUCGCAGAUCACAAGUAGGAGGUGGUGGCAUAGUAAGAGAUCCGCUAGUUCACCAAGAGGUUCUGGACAAGAUUAUAAAGGGUGUGGAGAAUUUCGGAUUCUACAGCAAAGGGUGGAUUCAGUCUCCUUUAAAAGGUGCUGAAGGUAAUAUAGAGUUUCUGGUUUACUUUAGUCGAAUGCUGGAGAAAAGUACAGAACCACAUAUUCCAGUGAAGGAAGAGGCUCCGCAUUAGGCUGGAUGAAAAACUUCACUCAAGCCAGCGAAUGGAUGGAUCAUAUGUUAUGUGCAGUUCGGCAUGCAUCUUAACAGAAGAAAGCUUGGUUGCUUCUACUGUGUGUAAAUUUCAGCCAGACUGUAAUUUGCUGUAUAGUUGAAGACACUGAGAAAUGAAAUAUGAGCAACCUGAGCCCACUCAACGAGAAAUCAAUGUUGUUACUUUUUGAACAUCUGACUUGCUUAUAUGCCUACAGACAGUGUCUACGCAUAACAAUUUUAUGAAAAAUUAGAUAUUAUUGCAGUUAAUAUAA